AUGGCGGCUGAAAGAAACAAUACACAGUCUGGCUCUGCUCUCACUCUUUCCUGUCACCUGUCUCCUGAAAUUAGUGCUGUUUCCAUGGAGAUCAGGUGGUUUAAGGGGACGGACUGUGUUUGUCUCUAUAAGAACAGGCAGGUGACAGAGGGGAGGGGCUACGAGGGAAGAGUGAGUCUGUUCACUCAGGAGCUGCAGAGAGGAAACGUCUCCUUACAGAUCAGAGACUGUAGAGACUCAGAUAGUGGAGAUUAUCUGUGUCAGGUCACCAAUGGAGACACAACAGAGGAGUAUACAGUAGGAGUAACAAGAGACAUAGAAUGGACAGAAGAGGAGAGACUCAAAAUGAAGGAGUCUGUUCUGCUGAUUGAAAAGUCCCUUUCCAGAGUCAGUGUGAGUUCUGGUGAUUCCCUGGCUGAAGGUUCUAGCUCAGCAUCUGCACAGACCUCUUAUGAUGAACAUUUUUCCAUGGCUGCUGCUGAGGGGUUCAGUCCUGAAAUGCACCAUAACUUGUACAGGUUUUUAUGUCCUCAUGCUGGUCAGUUUCAGUGUAGUGAGACCCACCUUGUGUUUGAGAUGGAGGGGAAAGGGGAGGUGCUGUAUAAAAUAGAGCCCUGGGACCCCCAUUUCUUGGACGGUUUAGGUCAGAUGCAGCCUGCCGGACCUCUAUACAGUAUUGACUGCUUUGAAGGUUCACUGAGUCAUCUGCUCCUCCCACACUGUGAGAUACAAUAUGACUGUAAUUUUUUUUUUCAGGUUGUGGUGGCACAUUUCACUGGUGAUAAUACAGAAAUCAUACAGCCACUGAAUGUGACAAACACACAUGUUAUUAUUAACAUCCAAGGCCUUUCCCUCUUUGGACUUCUAAAGAAAAUGAUUUUACAUCCCAGUCCCAUAAACGCCCAAGUGCUGCUCUUCUAUAAAGAAAUAAUGGACAAGCAAAGGAGGAAACAACUAAACAUUCACUUACUGCCAGGGAAUGUUCCAGAUAAAGAGGUGAAGGAUAAGCAUGAAGAUGUCAUGUAUUUUAAGACCAGCUCCACAUGCAAACUCAUCCCUGGAAGAAGGUACAGGCCACUCUGUGACCCCUAUGUUUCUGAACCAAAGGUUGCCAUAUUUGAGCGUGACUAUGGCCCAAACUAUCACCCCACGUUUGUGGUGUUCCUGCAGGCUGAGGAGGCUACACUGAGUCUCUUAGAUAAAGAUGACAUGGAGGUGUGGGAACCUCAUCAGAUCCUUCUAGCAACUGAAAAACCUGGUUACAGUACAGAGACAAGCCCACUUAGAAUGGAAGCAGGAGCUGCAUUUGUGGAUGAACACAGAGCACAGCUCAUUCAGAGAGUUUCCUCAGUGAUGGAGAUGGUGGACUGUUUACACAGUAAAAACAUGAUCACUGCUGAAAUGUAUAGCAACAUACAAAAUGCAACACCAUCUCAGAAACAAAUGAGGAUCUUGUACAGAGUUCUUGACUCAGGAGGAAAAUCUGUGAAAGCAGAAUUCUAUAAAGUUCUUAAAGUGAAGCAGCCUUUCUUAGUGGACGAACUGGAGGUCCUGUAG